AUGCAUAUUUGGACUUUUCAUCCGCCCAAUUACCAGUCACUCAGCGCCAAUGUGAUUGGCAACGUGACACAGCGUGCCCGGUCGUCCAGAGAGGGAGGGUUUUUUAAUACUAAACAGGAGGAGCGUGCUGCUUCUAGACAUCUUGAUCUUCGAGGCGCUCGACUUCUUCCGUUUAAAGAGUGUCCACCCAUCAGUUCGCAUACCCAAGGUGAUAUCAGUCCAACGACAACAGAUUGGCUAAACCCGAGUACUACCCGCAAGCACUCGCGGUCCCUCCAAGAUACCGACGACAUCGUCGCUACACAAGAACCUGUGCCUCGCGUAAUUCCUGAUCAUCAGCGCACAAUGUCUGUUCGAGAGCGCCGCCGUUUGAAGCAAAUCCGCUAUAGAACAAAAAAGCGCAGGCUUUUGUUGGAGUACGAGGUGGAAAUUCCAAGGCUUCGUGACGAAAUCCAGGACCUUGAGGAGCGACGUCACAAUUACUCGUUCACCCGGACAGUCUGGGACGUUGCCACCGAGUACUUUCAUCUCUUCCGGCACGGCACCGUCCCCGAAUCGCUACGCAGUUACACAGAGCGAUUCUUGCAACAGUCAAUUUGUGAUCACGAAUCCUUACGGAAGACAUGGGAGCGUUUUUCCAUCUACUUCGACUGCUUCGACGUCCGGCUCCAGCGUCUAGACAAAAUUGGUGAUGACUUGCUCCUGGCCACUACCACAACCAGCUUUGCCAUUCCAGACAAGGCGCUACGACAACUGUUCACCCGCAAUACCAACAAGAAGGAUGAUUCAGAGUUAGCAGCCAAACUUCUCAACCGACGCAUCGUCAUGUGCGGCUCCGUGCGCUUCCAGUGGGAUAACGUGUACGGUCGAGUAGUUAGCAUACAGAGUGAGUCUGACAUGUUGACCCCACUCCUCCAUCUACUUGGCAGCUUAGAAGACGCUUCUCGUGUCUUCGACUUGAUCUCGACUUCCUGUUGCUAAAUGGUACACUUUACGUUUACUGUUUUAAUCAACUUCAACAUGACUCUACUAUUAUCCCAA